CGUAUUCCGUAUGUUACCGAAAAAAUCAAUCUUAUUCCGUCUUAAGCGAAGGUGAAGUCAUGAAUCCCGAUUCUUCAUUCUUUCUUCAAUUCUUCACGAUCUCCGUAGGUAAAGCCGUUUUGCCCGUUCUUUUUCUGCUGCUUCUCUCGGCGGCAACGAAUUCCGACGGAAGGAAAGAUUCAGCUGGAGGCGCUAUUCGGUUUCCGUUGGAAGCUUCGAGGUUCUUUUCUCCAAAUGACGAACCUGUUGGCACGCGAUGGGCUGUCCUGAUUGCUGGAUCUAACGGUUACUGGAAUAACAGGCACCAGCAGGCUGAUAUUUAUCAUGCAUAUCAACUCUUGAAAAAAGGCGGACUAAAAGAGAAAAAUAUCAUCGUUUUCAUGUUUGACGACAUCGCUUCUAAUGAAGAAAGCCCAAGGCAUGGAGUCAUCAUUAAUAGCCCACACAAUGAUGAUGUUUAUAAAGGAGUUCCAAAGGAUUACACAAGGGAAAAUAUUACGGUUAACAACUUAUUUGCUGCUAUCCUCGGGAACAAAACCGCUUUAACUGGAGGCAAUGGGAAGGUCGUAGAUAGUGGUCCAGAUGAUCAUAUCUUUAUAUACUACCCUGGUGGUGGAGGGAUGCCUACCUUUCCUAACAUGCAUGUGAAUGAUCUAAUUGAUGUUUUGAAGAAGAAACAUGCUUUAGGGACAUAUAAGAGCUUGGUUUUGUACCUUGAAGCUUGUGAGUCUAAAAGCAUCUUUGAGGGGCUUCUUCCAGAGGACUUGAAUAUUUAUACGACCACGGCGACAACCUAUUGUCCUAGAGAGAAUCCUAGUUCUCCUCCAGAAUAUGAUCUUGAUGGGAUGGAAGACAGUGGAAUUCACAAUUGGCCUACAAAGACUUCGCACCAGCUGCAUGAACGAUAUAUUGGCACCAAUUCUGCUAAUGACGACUUUGCAUUUGAGGAUGAGAACUCUCUAUUGUCACCUUUAAGAGUGGUAAGCCAACAUGAUGCUGAACUCCUUCAUUUUUGGUACAAGUAUCUCCAGGCACCUGAAGACUCUGUUAGGAAGGUUGAAGCACAGAAGGAGUUUGUUGCAGCCAUGUCUCACAGAAUGCAUUUAGAUCACAGCAUGAGUCUUGUUGGCAAGCUCUUAUUUGGCAUUGAAAAAGGUCCGGAGGUGCUAAAAGCCAUUCGACCAGCUGGGCAACCUAUUGUUGAUGAUUGGGACUGCCUCAAGAAAAUGGUAAGGAUUUUUGAGGCACAUUGCGGAUCCUUAUCCGGGUACGGCAUGAAACACAUGGGAUCUCUUGCAAACAUAUGCAACGCUGGAAUUCAGAUAGAGCAAAUGAACAAGGCAUUGGCUGAAGCUUGCCCGGUUGUUCCUUUUGGUAAAGCCGUUUUGCCCGUUCUGUUUCUGCUGCUUCUCUCGGCGGCAACGAAUUCCGACGGCAGGAGAGAUUCAGUCGGAGGCGCUAUUCGGUUUCCUUUGGAAGCUUCGAGGUACCAGUAUAUUGGCACCAAUUCUGCUAAUGACGACUUUGCAUUUGAGGAUGAGAACUCUCUAUUGUCACCUUUAAGAGUGGUAAGCCAACACGACGCUGAACUCCUUCAUUUUUUGCACAAGUAUCUCCAGGCACCUGAAGACUCUGUUAGGAAGGUUGAAGCACAGAAGGAGUUUGUUGCAGCCAUGUCUCACAGAAUGCAUUUAGAUCACAGCAUGAGUCUUGUUGGCAAGCUCUUAUUUGGCAUUGAAAAAGGUCCGGAGGUGCUAAAAGCCAUUCGACCAGCUGGGCAACCUAUUGUUGAUGAUUGGGACUGCCUCAAGAAAAUGGUAAGGAUUUUUGAGGCACAUUGCGGAUCCUUAUCCGGGUACAGUAUGAAACACAUGGGAUCUCUUGCAAACAUAUGCAACGCUGGAAUUCAGAUAGAGCAAAUGAACAAGGCAUCGGCUGAAGCUUGCACGGUUGUUCCUUUUGGUUCUUGGAGAUCUCUUCACUGAGGAUUCUCUGCAUAAACGCAAGAAACAAUCAAUGCUACUCAUAUUAAUGCAUGUGUAAGUGUAACACCCCACAUUUUAGUGUGCUUGAUUAAUGAGACAAUAAGUCUAACCUUAAGUG